AUGGGGGAUGAUCGUCUCGAGCUGGCGAAGGCUAAGGAGCUUGCGAGCGUUAUGGGCGGGGCGUGGCACUCGGAGGAGUGGGAUGUGGAUUCAGACUCGGAACAAAGUAGAACCAAGACGGACAAAGGAAACGCCAACGGUGGCGGCAGCAGCAAGGACGGCGACAAGACCAACAACAAGGGCGGGUUCUUGAGUCGCACCUUGUACCGCCCGAAACCCAGCGCCGCGGGCGCCAACGGCAGCGCCCAUAGCAGCGGCAGUAAACCGCCCAACAUUCCUCCCAAGAGCGGGGCAGGCGGCAACGCUAAGAACGGGGGCUGGGGCGGCGUGGGCGGGCGCCGCUCGAGCGGGGGGGUGCGGCGGCCGGCGGACGGCAGGGCGCCGGGGAGGAGAGACCCGACGGCGGUGGCCCGGCUGGAAGCGGAGGCCGCGGCCAGAGCCAAGGCGGAGAAGGAGGAGCUUGGCGGGCGGGUCGACCUGUCGUGGCAGCUUCCGUCGAACGUGGACUACUACUCCGCACCGGCGGCGUUGCUGCGGGAGCUCGUGAAGGAGAUGCCGGCAGACAAGCGGCUGUCCUUCCAAACCCGCGUCGCCAACGCCCGCACCAAGGAGUCCAUCGAGAGCGUCCUGGAGGACUACGCCGAGCGGCUGGAGAGCCUGGUCCUGCCGCACGCGCGCUCGCGGGAGAUGGACCUGCAGCAGGUCAAGAAGACGGGGAAGAGAUCGUUUUCUGGGGGAGCGCUUCCGACAAGCCCCACUACGUGGCACGAGGAGCUCUGGGCCACCCUGGAGGCGCGGGUGAUGGAGAGCGUGCUGAGCGGCGGCGGUGGCGGCGCGACCGGCAGCAGCGAGGGUUCCGCAGCGGCAGCCGCGGCCAAGUCAAACGGCCGCGGCAGCACCGACGAGGCGGUCGGGGGUAGGGGGGCGGCCCCGGCGGUAGGGGACAAGGCGAGAGCGCUCGCGCUCGAGGAGUGGAACAAGGCUCGCGCCGUGGCAACAACCAGCGAGGUGUUCAAGGCCAUGUCGAGGACCGGGGCGGGCGGGGACGCGUACUUCGCCCUCGUGGCUCUCUUCUGCACGGCGGACAAGCUGGUCGUGCCCGUGCACUGCCAGGAGUCUCCCAUCACGGUAGAGUUCUUGAACCGGUCGUCCGCCGCCGCCGGGGGGAAGGGGGCGCGUGGUCGGCGUUCCAAGGAACGUUUGUCGUUCGGGAAGAAGAAGGGGGCGGGGAAGGGGAAGGGGGAUGACGUCCACGUCCUCGUCACCGUGCCGAGCACGUUCGAUAUCUACUUGCGCGAUGGCGGGACAGCUGGCGAGGGUGCCGACGGCGGCGGCGGCGGGAGCGGUGGCAUCAGCCACGGCAUCGCACACUCACGAGGAAACGGCAGCGGCGGCGGGAGCGGCAAGAUUCACCGCAAGUCGAGCACAAGCAGCAACCACUCGAACGGCGACGGCGCCGCGGCUGCGGACGCGUCGAACGCCCUGCACCUGGUCAGGGUCAAGGCAGUCGUCGAGGAGGAGAUCUGGGGCCUGGGCAGGGCCGGCGGCGGCAUGUCUGGCGGUGAUGGUGGUGGCAGUCCACCCGAAGACGGGACCCCGCCGACCCUCCGGUUCCUGCUGGAUCCCGAGCGGCACAACCGGAGAACGUCGGCGGGAUCGGGGGGCUGGCCCGAUGCCCCGCCGGCGGCGGCAGCGGCGGGGGCAGGGACGGCGACGGGGGAGGCCGGCGGCGGCAGCGGCGGCGGUGAGGGGGAGCUGUCGAUGAGCCGGCCGCCACAGGCCCCGGCCCCGCUCUUGGCGCUGACCCGCACCGAGCGCCGGAUGGCCGUGACCGUGGUGCCGGAGCCGAGCGCUGUGUCCGAGAUGGUGCGCAGCUUCUCGAGAAAGAUCGGCGUCGACGUCCCCAGCCCCCAGCCCCCCCGGGUGUUGGGCAGAUAACGUGCCCCGCUCUCGCAUUUGACUGCGCUGCCGCUGCCGCCGACGCACAACAGCUUCAGGCCCCCAGAGCAUCACGGUGUUGUUUUGGGGGUGUUGUCCGUUGUGCUGCUGCGACGGUUCGGCGCGCUCUUUGUUGGAUGGUCUUGGUCGGCACCCUGGGGCACCGGCUUGUGGUUCGUGGAUUUGUUUUUUCGAAGUCUAUACCCGUCUUUGUCCGAGUGGGUGGGAGUGCACGGGGCAAGGAAUGCUAUCGGCCGGUGAAUAGCUGGAAGGGUGAGAGGUGAUCGCCGAGCGUGAGUAUCCGAGUCUUUCUGAUUUUGCGUGCCGUUAGACGUUCGGUAGUGUGACCGGUUUCGCGGCUGCUGCUGUGGCUCUCUGAACGGUCCCCGGUUUUUCGCAAGAAUGUUGUCCCUGCGCUGCUUUGUUGUACAAAUAAGUAGCUUCUUUGACGGAGGGAGGUGUGUAUUGUGCACAUCCCUGCACGCACAUAUGUUUGAACGUGGUUGGCUGCUGAUGCGGCUGUGCGGAGGACCUGUUACAGUGCAGGAUAGACAUUUAUUUCGGUUUGCCCCGCUCGCCGCUGGGCCCACAUGGUCCACGCCCAGCCGUGUUUACGUAAGUAUUUUUUUUCUCUCUGACCGACCGUUCGGUGAGAGAGGCGAAUGGGGGUCCUCUCAGAUUGGAAAGGGUGUGUUUGCCUAGUCGACCCCUCUAGGAGCAUAUUGCAGCGCCGCUCUUUUUAAAGUGUCCCCGCUUCGGUUUUACAACGUAAGAAGGCGUUUGUUUCAUCGUUGGUCGGGGAGCGCCGCCGUUGUUUUCUGCGGGGCUCGCUGCCUUUCUCAAAGGGCAGGGGUUAGGUGUCGCAGCUAUGCAUAUGAUACAUAGAGGCAUCUGGAGGACAAAUUUGGCGUACCACUGCCCUUGACCACUCCCUGCGGUGUGGCCGCUCUCGACGCUGUCCGUGCGUGGGGGAAUUGCGUUCUGGUGUCUUGUAAGGCCUCGGCGUGCUGCUACGGUUCCGCCGGUGUCGUUUGGUCCAGCAGCCGCACGAUAGCGACAGGUGCUCGUGGUGCGCUGUGCGGUUCAUACGUCCGCCCCCCUUGUGGUUCACACAUACAACGGUU